GGUGGGCGGUGCGCUGACGCGCGUGUCCGCGGCGCGUCACCGCCAGCUGGAUGUGCCGACGCGUCGUGGACUUGUGGUCACGCCGGCAGAAGGACAGGAAGAAGGAGGACGAGGAGGUUCGCUUGAGGACGGACGGAGGGACAGGGAGGGAGAGGAGCGAUCGCCAGGCAGGCAGGUAGCCGGCCGGCCGGCUGGCCGCAGACAACAACACUCUUCCACCUGCCCGCCCCGCCCCCCGCGGUGCCCACCCACCAACACUCCAAGUGGUCCCCGUGAACGCAACAUACGCUCUCCCCCAUGAGCGCAACAACUUGUCUUCUUUUUCUCCUUCUCUUUUCUUCCUGUUCUGGGAACGAUGUAAGGGCAAAAUGUUUGUCCUCCAGAUGUGCGCCGCCUUCUUGGUCUUCCUGCCGCCGGGUCGCCAGGCCGAUUUGACGUGCGACGCCAUCCUCGCAGCGGCCGCUGACGCCUCCUCCUCCGGACAAUGGCUGGAAUCGUCCUCCUGGAACGAGACACAGAGCAACGGCAGCGUCGCACAGAGCAACGGCAGCGUCGCACAGAGCAACGGCAGCGUCGCACAGAGCAACGGCAGCGUCGCACAGAGCGUUGCGGACGUGUACUGCGAGGCGGCGCUGGACGGCAUCGGCACCUGCUGGCCCCGCAGCCCCGCCGCUCACGUGGUGUCCAGACCUUGUCCCGAGAUGUUCCACGGCGUCCGCUACAACACCACCAACAGCGUGUACAGGAAGUGCCUGUCCAACGGCACGUGGGCUCCCAAGGGCAACUACUCCAUGUGCAAGGCCAUCCUGCACCAAGAGAAAAAGGGCAAGAUGCACUACCAGAUGGCGGUGAUCAUCAACUUCCUGGGACACGUCAUCUCCAUGCUGGCGCUGCUGGUGGCCUUCUUCCUCUUCCUGUGUUUGAGGAGCAUCCGCUGCCUGAGGAACAUCAUCCACUGGAACCUGAUCAGCGCCUUCAUCCUGAGGAACGCCACCUGGUUCGUGGUGCAGCUCACCAUGAGCCCCGAGGUGCACGAGAGCAACGUGGUGUGGUGCCGCCUGGUCACGGCCUGCUUCAACUACUUCCACUCCACCAAUUUCUUCUGGAUGUUUGGCGAAGGCUGCUACCUGCACACCGCCAUCGUGCUCACGUACUCCACCGACAAGCUGCGCAAGUGGAUGUUCAUCUGCAUCGGCUGGUGUAUCCCGUUCCCCAUCAUCGUGGCCUGGGCCAUCGGGAAGCUCUACUACGACAACGAGAAGUGCUGGUUUGGGAAGCGGGCGGGCGUUUACACGGACUACAUUUACCAGGGUCCUAUGAUUCUGGUUCUGGUGAUCAACUUCAUCUUCCUCUUCAACAUCGUCAGGAUCCUGAUGACCAAACUGCGAGCGUCCACCACCUCGGAGACCAUUCAGUAUAGGAAAGCGGUGAAGGCCACGCUGGUGCUGCUCCCCCUUUUGGGCAUCACCUACAUGCUCUUCUUCGUCAAUCCCGGCGAGGACGAGAUCUCGCAGCUGGUCUUCAUCUACUUCAACUCCUUCCUGGAGUCCUUCCAGGGCUUCUUCGUGUCCGUCUUUUACUGCUUCCUGAACAGUGAGGUGCGCUCGGCCGCCAGAAAGCGCUUCCGCCGCUGGCAGGAGCAGCACUCCAUCCGGGCCAGGAUGACGCAGGCCGUGUCCAUCCCCACCUCGCCGUCGCGGGUCAGCUUCCACAGCAUCAAGCAGUCCACCUCGCUGUGAAAAGUCCAGCAAGAUUAUCGGGGCCGGCCGGCCCGGGGCUCGGCCUCGCUUGGUCGGCUUUCCGCACAUUCCGCACUUUGUUGCAAAGUUCUUUUCCCGCCCCGAACACGUGCGCGGCGGCAUUCCUUCGGUUCGGGCGUGUCACUUCCUGCGUCCUAAAAAGGCAAAUGCUAAGCUACGCUAGCGAAUGCUAAACUAAGAUAGCAAACAAACGCGAGAGAGCGAGCACUCCUUUGUGCAAGAGCGCCACAGAGCAGCCUGCACGGCGGCCGUGCGGCCUCCUCUGCCAGCUAGCAAACGCUAAGUUCACACCGAGAGAGCCAGCCGUGAAUACGUUGUCAGCAGCGGCGUGCCGCUCCCAUGCUUGGAAGCAAAACAACGUGGCGAGCUUCCCUUCACGCUGUUCCCGAUGCGGUCCAAACGGCCGCUUGUCUGCUCCACUCCGGCGCUCUUGGUCUCCUUCCGUUGACAUGGUAAGAUGCGUUGAGAUAGUAUUCUUCACAUUCCCGCCAUUUGAGCGUUUGAUUGCGCGCCGCGAGCAUCCUCUGAAGAAUCCUCUUUUUAGCCCUCCAUCAACAAUGCUCUUGUUCAACAUGGUCUCCAUGUAGAAAUGACUCAUUUUUUAACCACGAAAAGCUCUGCAGACUUCCUGCUGCCAUCAGUCACAUGAUACGGUGUUUGUUCUAUUUAUUUUUAUUUAUUUGACAACCCCCCGCCCCCCCAAUGUCACAUGCAAAACUUGUAAUUCGCGCUCUCAAACGAUGUGAAGACACACACACACACACACACACACGGUGAUUUUGACAAAUGCGCAAGCUUCCUCUGGAGGCACGCAAGGCGCACGUGCACCUUGCUCACUUGCGUUUGCUCACUUGACCUCAAACAUUACAAGAAAGCUCUCACUUGCACUCAACCAAACUGGCAUCCGGCCAAAACAGUCCAAGAAGCGCUCACAGACACAUGCAAUUUACAAGUACAAAAUUGAAGCCCUUUAUGUGGUCUCCCAGGUCUCCCCUUUUCCUACUGACUAAUAAAGUGUGUGUAGUAUUGACUCCAACCAAACACA